AUGCACCAGACUCUAGAAAGUGGCCGGGGUGAUGAAAGGGCCGUUGAACGACUUCGGGCUGUACUCCGCGCGGCGGUAAAGCUGGCCCGAGCCGAACAGCAACAUGACCCAGACGCGCUUCUCUUUGUAGGCGUGUUUGGACUCGACACCAGCAAAGGAGCUCCACCUUCAAUUGAUCUCUGCAGCGCAAUCGAGGGACUCAUGUCAACGGAUGGCCAGCAAAACGGGCAUCACCUUUUGACUCAGCUGGCCAAUCGCCGAGGCCGAUCUCACAUCACGAAAUACAUUCAGACCAAGCUGAAGGAGCAUGAGGCGCGGAUCAUCCAUAAUUACCUGAUGCGGAACCCACACAUGGUUGAGAAGUUCGCCAAUGCUAUUCCAAGCUCCUUCUCUGAGACGGCAGGCAUCAAUGCGGCUGAGACGGUUGGCGACUUUGCAGGAUCUUUCGGCUUUGGCUUCAUCAACGAGACGAUCGAUAACAUAACCGAGAACUCCGAGGCUAUGGUGAUGGCGCGGAAAAUCUUGACGGAUUGGCUCAAUGAAUUCCAGAAGUUCAGACCGCGGAAGAUUGAGUCCGUCAUCAGUCUGCUGGAACAGAUCGACGGCCGCAUGUCAUCUGAUAGUCACAGCCGUACUGGUGAUGGGCAGAGCACCCUUUUGGACAGCCUGCGACACCAUAUGUAUGGCAGCACCCCAAUGAGACACUCCCUUCAAAAGGCCAUCGAGGUUUUCGACUCCUGCUCAACUCGGCAACAAGUUCUGGUGUUGGUUUCGGAUGGUCAUUCAACAGACGGGGAUCCACUGCCACUCGCUCGUGAAUUGAGAGACAAGAAUGUCACUGUGGCAACAAUAUUCCUAACGGAUAGUAUUGCGGCAGCACAGAAAAGUCUGUACAACGAGCAUGUGGCCGACUGGGAUAAGGGGCAGCGCACUCUUUUCGAUAUGGCAACUCGUGUCCACGGCAGCGCCCAUCCAAUUCCCGUCAUGGCGUCUAUGGGCUGGAGCAUCCCAUCUUCAGGCGAAUGUGGUCUUUACACAACCGUAUGUAGUACGGACGCUCUUGAGGAAUUUUGCUCGUUUCUUCUAUCAGCCCGGUUCGGCAGCGCCGAUGUUUUCUUUGACAUCCUAGGAAAAGUGGACCUUGACAGCUAUGUGAACAGCGAGCACGUGCGGACCUGCAUGAACCCAUCGGACCAAGGGAAUGAAGGAGUCUGCUACGCACAUGCUGUGGCUGCUGUAACUCACAUGGCCCUGCUCCGCAUCGUGGACCGCGAGGGGGGCUGUCCAAGCAUCCAAACCAUCAGAGAGAGGAUCCUAGAAAAGUUCCCUGCUAAAAAGGGAGGACGGAAUACAGCUAAGGUGAUGGAGCAGGUGGUUGAGUGGUAUCGGCCACUACGAUUCCGGGCUGUGGACGAAGAUGGCGCUCGUCAGGCUGUCCUACGGCGACGACCUGUCUUGACAACUUUCCGUCUCUCCAAGUCGGGCUGGGACACCUUUUCCAGGCACUUUCACCGAGAUGCAGAAACACCUAUGCCUAUUGGAGUUCUUACGUCCGCAGCCAUGCAGCCACACCGCCAGGGGGAAGAUGGUGGUGGCCACGCUGUCGUGAUGACUCGAUGUGAUCCUCAAUCACUCAGCUUCCUAAACUCGUGGGGAAGUCAGUGGGGUAACAAUGGCAGCUUUAGCAUCGAGAACGCCCAUGUGCUGGAGCUGGAGCCUCAUGAUCAAGAUACUGUCCCUGUCCGCUUUUACGACAUUUACUGGUUCGAGAGCGACCUGACGCCAGCUGAAAGAGCAGCCUACCACCGCAGAGUUGACAAUACUGUCCAGAGGCACGCUCAGCAGCAUUCUAGCGUCUUCAGUCUUGAGGCAAUGUGCCCCCAUUGUCGUUUUGCAUCUCCCCUUGCAUCGUUCACUGGCAGCAUCCGUCGUGCUGUCUGCCCCAGGUGCCAAAGGUCGUUUGCUACGGAGCCGGGUCAUCUCAUACAAGCUCUAUACGCCAAGGCAGGCUUUGGAGAAACAGUGUGA